AUGAGGAUCAUCAUUUUGACCGCUCUAGUGGUAGUGGCGUCAGCCUCUUAUGAGGAGGAACAUGGCGGUUCCACGUAUCACGAGACAUCGAAGCCAGUCGAAAUUCCAAUUUACAAAAAGUAUGCCAUACCAAUUCCACAUCCGGUACCAGUGCCGGUUCCUCAACACAUCAAGGUUCCCAUUCCUCAGCCGUACCAGGUCGAAGUAUCAGUGCCACAUCCGGUCCCGGUAGAAGUGGUGAAACAUAUCGAAAUUCCAGUGGAGAAGCCCGAGCCCUACGUGGUGGAAAAAAAGGUGCCGUACGUUGUCGAGAGACCGUACCCGGUGACGGUCGAAAAGCACUUCCCUGUGCCGAUCCCGAAACCGUAUCCGGUCCACGUACCCGUCUACAAGCACGUCUUCCACCAUCAGAGCAAGAGCCACGGUUGGAAGCACUGA